AUGACGAAAAAAAGACAGCGCCCUCCCUUUACGGUUCGCGGACACCAAGGUCGAAGAGCUAGUGUUGAGUUUGCACAUCGAAUUGAGUCAUCACAGGCCUACGAUGCUCUCCCGCAGCUACCCCACCUAGGGUUGCAUGCUCGACGCGGGAUGUCCCCCUCUGCAUGACCCCGUUUCUCAACAAAUUGACAGCUGAAUCGGCUGGCCGAGAUCUCAUUACGCUUCUUUAUCUGUUUCAUCCAACAAGGCGAGCUCCUAUCAGAGAUCUGGUUUUUGUCAUCGCAGAUACCAACCAUGAGAGUUGCGCUCCAACCGGCCCUGCGCCGGGUCGCACUCACGCAGUUGACUCGCGCGGCCUGUGUCGGCUACUCCCCGGCCCGCAUGUCAACUGCUGCCGCGGCCCAAGCUAUCCCAUCAACGGCAAAUCCCGCUGAUCAGGAACUGCUCGACUCGGAACGCCGUCAAAGAGCGAGGGAGAUACUGCAAGAUGCGGUCGCAGCGACGGCACCGAGACAUGACUGGACUAGGGAGGAGAUCUCGGCCAUCUUUUACCAGCCCCUGAUGGAGUUGGCUUACCAAGCUGCCACCGUCCACCGUCGGUUCCACAACCCUUCGGAAGUACAACUCUGCACUUUGAUGAACAUCAAGACCGGCGGCUGUACCGAGGACUGCUCGUACUGCGCUCAGUCCACCCGCUACCAGAAAGGCACCGGCCUCGAGGCCAAACGCGUAGAGACUGUCGAGUCCGUCCUCGAAGCCGCGCGCAUUGCCAAGGAGAAUGGCAGCACGCGCUUCUGCAUGGGGGCCGCGUGGCGCGACAUGCGUGGCCGCAAGAACAGCCUCCGCAACAUCAAGGACAUGGUGGCCGGCGUGCGAGCCAUGGGCAUGGAGUCGUGCGUCACCCUCGGCAUGAUCGACGGGGAGCAGGCCAAAGAGCUCAAGGAGGCGGGUUUGACGGCAUACAAUCACAAUGUCGACACGAGCCGCGAGUUCUACCCCAGCGUCAUCUCCACGCGCUCCUACGACGAGCGGCUCAAGACCCUUAGUCACGUCCGCGACGCGGGCAUCAACGUCUGCUCCGGCGGCAUCUUGGGGCUCGGCGAGACAUCCGAAGACCGCGUCGGCUUGCUCCACACCGUCGCCACGCUGCCCAGCCACCCCGAGAGCUUCCCCGUCAACGCGCUCGUGCCCAUCAAGGGGACGCCGCUGGGCGACCGGCCGCCGAUCGAGUUUGCGAGCAUGCUUCGCACCAUUGCGGCGGCGCGCGUCGUCAUGCCUGCCACUAUUAUCCGCAUCGCCGCGGGGAGGAAGACCAUGGCCGAGGACCAGCAAGCCAUGUGCUUCAUGGCUGGGGCGAACGCCAUCUUCACGGGCGAGAAGAUGCUGACGACCGAGUGCAACGGCUGGGACGAGGAUGCGGCCAUGUUUGGCCGCUGGGGGCUGCAGCCGAUGAAGAGCUUUCGGAAGUUGGGGCUGCGGGCCGGGGAUGUUGCUGCUGCCGGGCAGGCCUGAAGGCCGCUGACUUGGGUGGUGUUCUAGAGAAAACAACAACGCAUAUUUUGGAUGUGGCAGGGUUGAGCCCGCCCAUCGUUCGUUACUUUGGUUCCCUUGCCUUUCUUCUUUCCCGGUGAUACCUCCCUCCGUCCACUCCCCUCCGCUACGACAGGUUUACCACGUCCCCUGCUUCCUACUUUUUAGAGGGCAUCAGUGGUACCGCGGUAAGAGCGCGUCGCCCUCCUUUCUACUGGCAA